AUGGAAUCUUAUCCUCCAAAAUGGAGCAUUAUACUUUUGAUAUUGUUGCAACAGUUCUUGGAAAUAGUGGGACUAUAUGGACAAGAGGACGGUCUUUGGGUGCUGGAUUUUACAUCUGUUUUUAACAUCACUGAGAUAGACGGGAUCUUAGAAGAACUAAAGCACAUCAACUUUACGCGAGGACCCCAGGGGCCUAUAGGGCCAACGGGUCUGAGUCAGGACGAUUGUCCAUGUGUUGGGCUCCAGAACGGAAUAAGACGGAACAAUAAACGUUGGUAUUGCGCACAACCAGAUAUACUAAAGAUGAAGUUCCAUGUCCUAUGCCCUUUGCUUAUCAUUCUAAGUUGGGUAUCGCAAUUAGUGGAAAGUAGCACAUACGUACUGGGCAACAAACUGGAAUUCGGAAACAGGACACUGGCGAACGCAGGUAAGCGAUCGUUCCUGCAUCAGAACAGCCAAAUCGUGAUAGAUGGCACCCUCAUCAGUUUCCAGUUGUAUACCAGCAACACCAAUCGCGUAAGACUACAGGCGUGGAGACCGGCCAGCAUCACUCCAUCAAAUACUGAUUACGUGCUUAUAGGAGAGCAAGUAUACGAGCCAGACGCAGUCAGAGGCAUAAAAGUGAUUGACCUGAAGCCAUAUGAACGAUUCGAAGUAAAGCGGGGCGAUCGUCUGGGUUUUACCAAUGAGGAUGAAGAGGGUCCCAUCACCUACAAGUUCAUCAAUAGCAGUAAUAAGAAUCCUUUACUGAGUACAAAAGAAUAUCCAGAUGAGUCGGGCCUUCCAACCAUAGAUUCAACCCAGACAUUCGACAGAUUGCAUUAUCCAUACCAGUUUUCCCUCUCUGCUACUAUCAGCACAGACAAACUUCCAAAUGAAAUACCGGGUCCCGUGGGACCACCAGGUAGUGCAGGAUUGCCGGGGAAAGACAUAGAUGGAGGUCCAGUCACAGCUGCGUCUCUUAAACCCUGCCUCUGUGGGAAAGGCCUUUUGAGUCGUGAUGUCAUACUCGGAGUGAUCGUCUGGCUUAUUUUUCUGUCCCUCAUAGCACUUUUAGUGAUAUUUAUCCUUUGCUAUUUGUGCUCAAAAUCUCAUUCUCGCGAGAGUAUAAAAUCACGAUCUACAACACAGACCAGAUUUGCUUCCGAAAAUGCUCAUACAACCAACCCUCGCAUACAGAACUAUCAACCCUCAAAUGACAGUAGAGGAAUGGUUGUAAGCCAUGUAAGAUCACGUGACAAUGAUGGUUAUGAGGCUGAUCCGAUUAGACAUAGAAGCGUGGAAUCUCUGCGUGGAGAGGUCACAGCUGAUUAUACAAUUUCUAGGAUCACUCCACAAGCAGCCCACUCUAACGAUGACUGGCCAACAUAAAAAAUUGUAGUCUACAGGAUGGUCCAAAAACGGGACACUCGUAUUUCAAAAAGCAUAGUUAGGCCUAUAUAUAUUGACGGUCUGUACAUUCAAUGAUAACACCUUGACAUUGUGGUUAUUUCAUAGUCCGUUUUGCCUAUGUCUAUAUUGACAGAUCGAAAUGUUGUGAGGUACAAUACUGGAAGAAAUUCCUACUUGUAAUAUGAAAGAGCUAGAUAAUAAUGUAACGUAACUAACAAUUCAGGAGUACGAAGAAUAAAUAAGUGAAACUGCAGUUCCCUAUUGCAUUAUGCUAAUGUGUACAUGCAUAUGUAAAUAUCUCGAGUGCUUGCAAUGUACAUACUAUGUAAUAGAAAUAAAAAAUA